AUGCUGGCGGCUGGGCCCGACCACCAGAAAGCCAGGCCUGGGUGGAGCCGCCGCCAUCCGGGCCCUAGAGCCAGGGGGCGCUGCGAUCCCAAGUUUCCCAUCCACCUCCCCACCACCACCACCGCCCCCCGCCCCGUCCGGGCUGGGCCGGGCUGGGCAAGGGCGGGCGGCGGGGGUAGAGGCGCAGGCUGGGCGCAAAGGUUGGUGUCUUCGUGCACCGACCUCAGCCGGAGGGCCCGCGGCACCAUGACGGUGGGAGCCAGGCUCCGAAGCAAGGCGGCGAGCAGUCUCCCGCGCUGCAGGCCCCUCGCGCGGGGGCGAGGGCGGACGGAGGGGGACGAGGAGGCGGCUGCUAUCCUGGAGCAUCUGGAGAGCGGGGCCGAGGCGGCGGAGAGCGGGGCGAGCGCGCAGCGCCCGGGGAGCCGGGGCGCGCGGAGGGUGCACCUCGCGGUCCUCCCCGAGCGCUACGAGCCGCUGGAGGAACCGGCGUCGUGCGAGAAGCCCAAGAAGAGGUACCGGCAGAAGCUGAAGAAGUACGGCAAGAACGUUGGGAAGGUUAUCACCAAAGGAUGCCGCUACAUCGUGGUCGGCCUGCAGGGAUUCGCCGCUGCCUACUCCGCCCCGUUUGGUGUGGCCACCAGCGUGGUGUCGUUUGUCCGCUAGUUCGGGAGCCGCCUGGGCAGAUGCCACGGGAGGGCCCGGAAGCCUCUGUUCCGGGAACAGCGCGCAUCCAGGAGCAUUUCAGACUUGAACUCACAAAAUCCUCGGAAGAAAGAAAACGUCUUGGUUGAAUUGGAUGAGUGUUUCGCACGAGUCAUCCCCAUCCGUCUGCUGAGCUUUCCACGUGUCUGGGACACAGGUGGCCCUGGUGGACAAUCCCGCAGAGAAUUAGGCUGAGGUCAGGUUUGGGAUUAGGAUUAGUUCGCUAAAACCGGGGCUGCCCGUGAAGGGGGCGGGGACUGGUGUGGAGACGAACACUUGACUGAAGUCCGCGCUCUGGGUGGGUAGCAGAGUGGUGAUUAGGGACAGGGAUGGGGGAUUUGGAUCUGGAGUGAGCCGAUUUGCUCGAUUCUGGAAAGCUCACAGGCUGACAGGACUCCCAGCCCUUAGCUGCUUCGGUUCUGAGCACACCCAAGGAGCUGUUUGUUCCUGAAGUCAUCCCCCCAUCUCCUUCCUGUACCCCUUGGCCACCAGGAGUUUUAAUUACAGGCUUGAGAAGAAGGAAGGAAGAAAAACCUCUUUGAAGGCUACGAUGCUUUGAAAGCUGUGUUGACGAUGUGUCAUGACUGUUUCAAGUAGAUGAAGACUUGUCACUUUCACCUUCUCUGACAUGAAUGUGGAGGUGGUGUGAGGGUGGGAAGAUCAGCAAGUUCAGGUGCAGGUUGUUCGAGGGAGAGAGCGCUCCCGAGGGCUGCUGGGCCCAGUCCAGCCCAGUCCAGCCCAGUCCAGCCCAGCCACAUGGAGCUGGCCAGGCUCCCCUGCAGGCAGAUGGCUGGCUGAGGUCGUGGGCCUCCUGACUCAGCUGCCUGGGGUACCAUCAGUCCCCUCGUCCUCGACAUCAAGCCGACGAAGGAUGCUCUCUCUGGGGAGAGAGGGAGGUGCUAUACCUGGAAAUGAAAGUGUAUGAUUUAGAGAAGGAACCAGAAAGUAGGAGACAGGUACGAAGGAAGCAGAAGAAGGAUGCUGGACGAGAGAAGCGGAAGCACAGGUGUCAGGUCUGCAUUAUCAGCGUUGGAAAAUCUUAGGCUCUGGGCGGGGUCCAGGGGAGGCUGGGUGGCCAGAGACGCCGUGCUGGUGCUUCCAGACCCUCUGAGGCCUGUGAGCUCACACUGGCUGCCUUUGGAGCAGCCUUUCCUCUUCUGUGCUGCCCAGUUUGACGUCAUCUCAGCUGGAUUCAAAGUUAGGGGGGGCGAGGGUCCUGGGCCUGGAGGGUGACCCCUGAACUGCCACUGGAUCAUCGGACGGGGGGGUGCCCGCUGCCAACCUCCACGAGAGGCCCCUGUUCUGACUGGUUUCCAGAAUGUCCUGAAGUCCAAAAUAGUUAUUACGGACCAGUCUGCAGGAUUGGAGGCAACACCUGCUUGUGGCCCUGUGAAGUUUCCCAGGGCAGGGAAAUGAGGGCUCAGUGCUCAUGCUUCACCCAUCAAACCCCACCAGGUGGCACCGGGAAGUGGAGAAGGUUGGAAGACAGACAGAUGGACAGAAAGAGGAACGAGUGGAGGGGAGCGUUGUAGCCGUGAAGCUAGAUUGUGCUUCACGUUCUGGAGGCUCAUGUUGAAGAUGAACUUGGACCCAAUUCCUGCAUCAUUAAUAUCGGUGAGGAAAAGAGAAAACAAAUGGUCUUGUUUUAGCUCAAAUGAUGAGAGUUGAUGAUGGCACAUUUUCACACAUGUACGAUAACUAUAGCUUGCCUGGCCACGCUGGGAGUCAGGGAAAAGAGGCGAUGUCCGUGGAAGAAAAAGCAAAGCAUCGUCUGGUGGGAAAGAGAGUCAGGCCUGUGCGACCUGCUGGUCACAGGAAAGGCAGACGGGAGGAAGGAGCCUGUGUGGGUUUGGACGACACCUUCCCGCUGGCCCAGUGCUGCUGGCCUGCCCCCAGAGAAGCCCGUUGAGUCUCCGAGGGGACGUAGAAGUGUGACCUGGGAAGGACGAGAGCGGCUGAAGCCUGUCCAAGGGAGAAUCGCCCCCCCCACCCCCAAAGUAGAGGCAUUAUGAGGUCAAGCACAUUUGGCCCUCACAUUUUGGAAUUCUGGUUAAGAAUUAAUCCAGAAAUUUCAAAAGUCAAAAACCUCGCAGGGAUGGUCCUGGGAGCCAGAUCCGUGUGCACAGAAGAUGAACUGCUCUAAACUGUCGCUCAGCUGAGUUGUCAUUUCCCCCGAGACAAGGCGCCCAUGCUGCAGAUUACCUUUGUGCCUUUUCUUUCUCUUUAGUUUUUAAAAAAAUAUAUCAGCAUCCACACCCUACUAAAAAUUGAGUUAGAACUUUCCCUUGACACGAUUGACCGAGAGGCUUCUUUUGUAUGCUUUUCUUCCGUAUUCUGUAAAUAAA